CCUCCCUCAUUCAUCCUCCUCCUCAUCCUCCUCCUUGUCCUCCGUGUAAGAGCGCAGCUCCUGCACCUUUGCUGCUGCAGCCAGCAGCGUGGCAGCAACAGCAUUGAUGGCCUCAAUUUCCUCCGUUCUGCGCGCAGCCGACAACGGACAACUGGCGGAGCCGCAGGGCAAGGAGCGCGUUGCCCAGAGGAAGCUCCACGUGUACAACAAUGAAGAUGUCCGUCAUGUCGCUCUUGAUGGCGCCUGGAGUGGCGCUGCAACGGGACAAGCGCGCCGAACAAGGAGCGGAAGCGCUGCGCGCUUCCCAGUCGCAACGAUUGACAAAGUUGGCUUGCCCGAGCGCCUCUGGAGAGGGGCGAAGGAGAGACGACAGCGAUGUGGGAGCAAGCACAGCGGAGGACAGCGCGGACGAAACGCCAUCUGCUGCACGCGUACCCCGAGGCUUCCACCGGCCGGGCUGCUGCAGCGGCGACGCACAGGUGCUGCUCCCAGACUCAGCCUCGGAAGCGCCAUGGGCCUCGACGUCGUCUUGCAGCCGAGUGAAGCUCGCUCAAGGGCAGACAGACACAUCGCAAUGCUACAAGGACGGUGACAGAGAAAGCAGACCCAGGUGACCGAGGCGCCGCGCCGGGGCACGGUGGCCAGACACGCGCACGGUCCUCGCCGCAGCAACGAGCGCUACGGCUCGCGCUUGCACCCGCCGGGUAGCAGCCAGGCAAAGCGCUGCGGCUCCUGCACGACGGCACGUGGCAGGCCGACGCCGCUCUGCGUCGCCUCGGCGCCGUGCCAGAACUGCAGGAGCGCGGCGAAGGAGUAGGCUUCUGGCAGCCUGAGAGGAGAGAGAAGGGGGGGGGGGGGAGGGUCAGCGAUGCGACGGGUUGGAGCGGCAU